CUAUUAUGAGAAAUUGUACAUAACUCGAAUGUUCUUAACUCUUUGCUCUAGCAAGCCGACCGACAUAACAGCAAGGAAGAUUUGUGAUUCCGAAAAAUAGAAAGUCCUUAGAGAGGUGGGACGUGGUCCGAAUGAAAUCGCGUCUACCAUUCUAUUACAGUGAUUGAUAUUAUGUCAGAAGACAGCGGCCAAAGUGCUACGGGGCAGCCUGAAGAGGAGGGUUCUCAAUGUGCAUCACCUACCCCGUCUCUGACACCAUCUCUACCAGUUUCAUUGCCUCCAUCGGCAACUCCAGUCAAUCCCACCGCACCAGCAACGCCCGGCUCGGAACACUCUGCAGCAGCGUCCUCUGCCUCUGUUCGAAGUGACAUAGGGGAACUUCCAAGACCCAGGUUAUCAGCUGCAGAGCUUGAAUCAAUAUCUCUAUCGGAUUUGAUUCAAAACUGGAAAGAACUAGAUGCCUACACUGAAUGGCUCGACAAUCAAGCUGCAAAUCAAGAGGCCGAAAUAGGCAGUCUCCGAGCUUAUGUUGAUCGUACUAAGACACAGCACGUAGAAGCAUGCGCCAGAGAGAGAGCUGUACUUCGUCGUUUGGCUACUAAAGAACAGGAAAUCCAAGAGCUCAUGUCUCAAAUUACUGAUCUUAAAACAUCAGCCACCCCUUCAGCUGGAAGUCUGCGCUCUGCCUUUUUAGACCCUGCCGUAAAUCUUCUUCUGCAAAAAUUGCGGUCAGAACUUGUCACUGCUCGGGCACAAUUAGAGGAAACUCAAAACGAGCUUAGUGCGUGGAAAUUCACUCCUGACAGUAACACUGGUAAGAGGCUUAUGGCAAAAUGCCGCUUACUAUAUCAGGAAAAUGAAGAAUUGGGAAAGGCUGUAGCCAGUGGGCGUAUGGCCAAACUGGAGGGAGAAUUAGCUCUUCAGAAAACUUUCAGUCUUGAAGUGAAGAAAUCACAAUCAGAAUUAGAUGAAUUUUUGCAAGAAUUGGAUGAAGAUGUGGAGGGGAUGCAGAGCACUGUGUAUUACUUGCAGCAGGAGCUGCGCAAGUCUGGGGAAACUAUUUCCUCAUUAGAGAAACAACUACGAAAGUACAAAAAGGAAAGCGGCAAAGGCAAAGGAAAGCGGACUAGAUUAGUUACUAAUGAGGCAGGGGAGCAAGUUGAAGAAGAAGUGGACGAUGAUGAUGAAGAUGAAGAUGAUGAGCAAGAGGUUGAUCAUUGCGAUGAAACUGAACCAAAGGAGGAAUGGAAGGAGUGUGCAGAAGAAGAUGCAGAAGGUUGGGGAGGGGAAGAAGGGGAGGAGUGGAAUCAGUGGGAAGAAGAGGAGACAGAGCGCCAUGACUAUACUGAGGAGGAAACUGCAGGCGAGUGGACAGAGGAUGGAAAGCGAACUGUGUGUGCUGAAUCUAAGCAAGUCAAUAAUGACACUGAAAAUUCACCUAAAGUUGACAGUGUUAGUUUGAAACGGACUAAAAGUGUAGAAGAAUUAGAUGACAAAUUUGAGACGCCUGUGCGCAAGAAACUGAAGCCUCUCCUUCCCUCCAGUGACAUUUCUAAAGAGUUUUCCAUCAUUGAAGGCCUGGCAGAAAGCACCAGUGCCAACACAAAUGAGAAUGUGUGAAAUUUUGUAAUUAAUUGACUCCAUGAAAACAACCAGUUUUAAAGCCAAGACUAUGUGAUGAUUUAGUUGUAAACGAGCUCAUGUACCGGGAUCUGGUCUGUUAAUUAAGUUUUGAAUUUCUACAUCCUAUCAAACCUGUUAUCAGAAUGUGUUUAAAAACCAUGAAUAGCCAUACUAUAAUAUUUAUGGUUCUGUUAUUUGUUAUGUUUGUAUAGCACUGCAUUUUUUUUAUUAUUAUUUUAAAACUCUUGGUUGAUAGCAAAUUUAUUUGUUAACUUCAUGGUUACACCUUCAUAACAUUUUUGACAAAGUUUUGAGAUAAACUUCUUUUUGUGUUCUGUUCACAGCAAGCAGCUUUUGAAAAAAUCUUGAUGGGUGACAAAUUUUGAAUAAACUGCCUUUUUUGUUA